CAUUCUCCAUUUUCCGAAUCACCUCAAUCUAAAAUCUCUCUCUUCUCUCUUUUCUCUAACUAUAAUAAUAUCAACAACAAAUCUAUACAUUUCAAAACGACAAACAAAUCCUAAAAACGACAAUGAUUUCCUUAAGCUCAACCGCCAUCCAAACCAAGUCUCCUCUUACAAAUCUCCACUCUUUUUCCAAAACGACACCGUUUCUUCCUCCUCUGAUCAAAACCCACAAACCCAAGACCCCUAACUCCACCACCACCACCACCACCACCACUCUCCGAGCUCAGGCCAUGGAGUCUUCUCAGCCAUACGAGCCAUCCACCCAAACCAACCAACCCUUUUUCAAUCACAACCCAACUUCCCUCAAAAUCGCCGUAAUUGGGUUCGGAAACUUCGGUCAGUUUCUAGCUAAAGCUUUCGUCAGACAAGGCCACACCGUCUUAGCUCAUUCUCGCUCCGAUUACUCAGCCACCGCUCAAAAGCUCGGAGUCUCCUUCUUCAGUGACCCAGAUGAUCUCUGCGAACAACACCCUGAAGUAGUCGUACUCUGUACUUCGAUUUUAUCAACUGAAAAAGUAAUCAAAACGAUACCGUUUCAGAGGCUCCGCCGCAACACACUCGUCGUCGAUGUUCUCUCCGUUAAGGAAUUCCCAAGAGAUCUUCUCCUCAGUUACUUACCACCCGAAUUCGAUAUCCUCUGUACUCACCCAAUGUUCGGACCCCAAAGCGGUAAAUUCUCCUGGGUCGGGUUACCCUUUGUCUUCGAUCGGGUUCGAAUCGGGUCGGGUGACUACCGUACCGAUCGGUGCGAUGAAUUUUUGGGGAUUUUCGCCAGAGAAGGGUGUCGUAUGGUGGAGAUGUCUUGCGCCGAACACGAUAAAUUCGCUGCCGGAUCUCAAUUCGUAACCCACACCAUGGGUCGGGUUCUGGAACGGUUCAGAUUGGAAUCUUCGCCGAUUAACACCAAGGGUUACGAGACUCUGUUGAAUCUUGUUCAUAACACGGCUGGUGAUAGCUUUGAUUUGUACUAUGGUUUGUUUAUGUAUAACAAGAACGCUAUGGAGCAAUUAGAGAGGUUGGAUAUGGCGUUCGAGGGUUUGAAGAAGGAGCUAUUUGGGAAUCUUCAUGAAGUUUGUAGAAAACAAUUGUUUGGUCAUACAGAGGGUAUAACUGAAAGUAUCACCCAAUCAGAGAAUAAGAUUCCCAAGUUUCUUCCUCCGAGUCCUAGUAAGAGCAAUAACAGCAUUGAUCAAUUGAGUCAAGUGAGUAAGGUGAGUAAAGUCCAUAGCAAUGGAGUUUCAAAUAGCUCUGCUAAAAAUGGGUCUCUGAAACUUUCUACUGAGACUAUCAGAUGAAGAAGACGAAGAAGAAAAUAUUAUUUUUUUAUUUUUUUUAUUUCUCUUUUUUGUCCCUUGCUUUAAUUUAGAGGGUCUUUAUUAUAAAAAUAAUAAAAUAGAGGGACUCUUCUGAAAAUAGUAUAAAUAUGGUUUUGGACAGGUAGUGGGACACAAUUAGGGAAAGAGAUAUUUGGGAUUUACAUGUUAAUGUGUUAUGGAAUGUAAAGAAAAUAUUAUUAAUAAAAGACCACAUAAUAUAAUGUGGAGUUGUGGACA